GGCAGGAAGCUGUGAGUGUGGUUAGCUGAGCGGAAGAGGAGAGGGGAAGCUGUUUUUUGUACAGUAUUAGUUCUGAGUAAUCCGUCAUACAUAACUGGAACCAGCGACUGAGUGCAAAAUGACAGUUUAGGAGGUCUGUGAAACUUUUAGACUGGCGAUAAGGUAAAUUCAGACACAUGACUGAAGCAAACAUCCAGCAUUCUUUGCGCCAGUCUGUCUGUCUGGUCAUGCAGUCAGUGUGAGCUGUUGGGAAAUUGUAUGGGCCCUGGGAUGGCAGCUUUGGCAGGUGCGGAGCAUGGGACUGGACAAAGGACCGGUGAAGGGAGGCUGUCCUGGCCUGUUUUCCUUCUGACGCUAGCUGCUGUCACCUCCUCUCUUUCUGCUCUGUCUCUGUACCAACUGGUGGCACUCAGAGCCGAAGUAGAGGGACUCAAAUCUGAGGUUUAUCAGAGAGAAGAAGGACAAGAUGCCAGGCAUGGAGGCCAGACUGAUAAUAUCAGUAGGAGAAACAGCCAUGAGUCCAUGCAUCAACCUGGGUCCCCCCUGAUGAGGAUGAGAAGAUUAGUCUCUGGAUCAGAGACCUUAGUAACUCAGCCUUGCCUGCAGUUGUUGGCAAACAAUAACAGGAAAACCUUCUCGAAAGAACAUAAUUCGGAGCUGCACACAGGGAUCCCCUGGCAGACCGGGCUGAAGAGAGGCUCUGCGCUGGAGGAAGAUAGAGACACCAUAUUAGUCAGAGAGGAGGGCUUCUACUUUGUAUACAGUCAGGUCUACUACAUAGACAGCACCUUUGCAAUGGGACAUGUGGUGAUCCGCAGGAAGAGGAACGUUGUGGGAGACGAGCCUCAGUAUGUGAUCUUGUUCCGCUGCAUCCAGAACAUGAACCCUGUAUACCCUUACAACACCUGCUACACAGGAGGUAUUGUUAAGCUGGAGGUCGGGGACCACCUGGAGCUGCUUAUCCCUCGUUCCACAGCCAACGUGUCCCUGUAUGGAGACUCCACCUUCCUGGGUGCUCUCAAACUGACUUAGAGUGUGUCAACCGAAAUGUGCACUAGGGGGAUGCUGUUGUUGCAGGAAUGAGGUACCAUAAGGGGAGUAAAAAGACACAGUUCUAGUGACCUCGUCUGACUUUGAGUCAAUAUGUGAGGCGAGGUGAAGAAUAAGGAUGCAAAGCAACUGUUUCUGCUUUGGCUGAACAAUAGACGGUGUGACUCACAGUGUGUUCAGCCUGAUGGGACAUGAAGAGGACUGAGUCACAUAACGUAGUAUUUACUCUUUCAAAAACCAUACACCUAGCUUCAUCAGUAUGUUCAUUUCUGCUACACAACAGGGAUUAAUCAAGUACUUCUUCUUUAAAUAUUUACAAUGGCAUGAUCUGACUUGUAUCAUUGUUGUAUCAUUCUCAUCCUGUUUAUCUCAUUUAUAUACUCCUAUAGCGGCAUUACUGAAAUAGUUAUUUCCAUCUGCUUUGUUGUUCCAGAUAUUUAAACAAUCAACAACAGUUGUUUGAUUUAUCAUCUGUUUAUGAUUUAAUGAAGGUUAACCUAUAUAUGUCUACUCGAAAAUUCCGAUGCAAUAAAGAGAGAGUUCUUGCACAAGCCAUGACAUCA